AUGGGGAUGCAGCGAUGGGGUGCUGAUGGACCUCACAUACGGAAGAAAAGACUGCCCGUGUAUUUGGUGAAGUUUCGACAGAUGGCAGGGCAAAAACCAAGACCAUUCGAGGAAACGGAACUUGACGUUAUAAGUAUAGCGCAAGCGGUUACAUGUGCGGAUGAGGAUGACGCAGUGACCAGUAAAACCCCAGGCCGGCUGCUGCAGCUGAAGCUCAGCCCCAUAGCUGAGCACGAGCAUGAGCCGAGCCAGGCCUGGCACCACACCACUACCACUGCCACCACCGUCACCAACACUGCCACCAACACCACCACUGCCACCACCACUGCCACCAGACAACCCACCGACUCUUCGUACUCCCUCUGCUCUGUGGACAAGUACAGCAGCAGCCGCCUCUCCUCCACUGCAGAGUCCUACACCACCCUACCACCUGACACCGGAGACGACUGUGCUGGGGUCGUGUUGGCCUGCCUCUUCUGUCGCUUCUAUGACCUCUGCCUUAUGCUGCCCAACUCCUGCGACUGGGCAGCCCAGCGCCUGUGCCCGUCCUACCAGCACUUCGCCAAGACCCGCGAGGCCGGCCACAGCGGCGGCAACGGCGACUGCAACUGCAAAUGCGACUUCGACUGUGGCCUGUUCGACGCCUGCCACGAGAGUGGGGAAUGCCUGGAAUUGGCUAUGGAGAUCUCCGAGGUGUGCUACCACUGAAGUGGACAGACAUGGCAGUCCUCCAACAGAGAGCACAUACAGACAGCAGCACAGCACAGCAGCAGGGGAAAGCAUGAUGUAUUAUACCAAAACUGCAUAUGACGCUAUUAUGCACUGAUGCAAUUACACUGGCUAUAAACGAGGGUAUCAAGCUAACCUGCUUACUGCUAUAAUGGGGGAAAGAGCAACUUGAACAUGCUUGUUCCAAGCACAAUGAAACUUCAAAUGGCUGUGUGUGAAUGAUGUCAUCCCAAUAUAUUUCAGUGUUACUGCACUGGAAAUAACCUGUAACUGAAAUAGUCUGAAACUUGGCUAGAGGAUAAUUAUUUGUUUCGUUGCUCGCACAAAAAAAAGGUACUUCAGGC